AUGAACGAAGCGGGCUUCUCGGAUGGGCAUUUUAGGCCGAAGAGAGGGCCGAAGGAGAGGGAGAGGGGAGACAGAGUACUUGCACAAGCGGAGCGUCUGGACUGGCAAGUGGUGGGAGCACCGGCCAGACGAGAGGAGUGGGGCCAGUUGGCUGGUGGGCAUGAUGAGUGGAAGAAAUGUCAGAUGGUCAGUGGUGUUGCCCGAGUCAUAGAGACAACUCAUAUGACAAUUUCAGGCGGAGCUUUCAGAACUUUUGCUGCUGUAACUGGGGCUGGCGGUAGCGCCAUGGCAUUUACCAUUACUGCUGCUGUUGGUGUCGUCGUCGUCGUCGUUGUUGUUGUUAUUGUUGUUGUUGUUGUUGUAGUAGUUGUUGUAGCUGUCAGCGAACAGACUGUUUUCCCCAAUUCUGCGUCAGACGAGGAGAUGGUGAGGCCAGGUCUCCACAUGGUUACACUUAACACCUCCAUGCCGGUCAGGCGCCAGCCGCCUGCUCCGCCGUCCGGCCGGGUCUGGUCGGAGGGCUCCGAGGGCUGGCGGAGCCAGGAGGGGAUCCGACCAAGGGGCCCACGGGGCGGAGACGAAACUGGGACAAUUGGUUGUUCGCCGACCGGGUCGGUGUGCUCAACAAGCCCGACAAAUGGUUACAUACCCCUUGGUCGACUGGUCACACCGACUGCUGCCGACAGUGUGGACUGCACAAUUUCAGCCGAAAUGAUAGAACGAAUACACAAUCAUGUAUGCACACAUAGUGUGCCCAUGCCAAAAGUUGACGUCUAUCCACACCCACAUCGGUAG